UUUCCUCCGCGGAGGGCAUUGGCGGAGAAGCGGCGUGACUGCUGUAGUGUGGAUACUGUGCACGCGUGCUGCUUGCGUCGGGGACUUGCAGAAAGCUCCGCGGCGGCGCGCCGGGAGGUGUCACGAGCCAGCCCUGCCCGGCCGGCCACUCCAUGCCUGCCUGGAGGCUGCUGCCCCAGGCUGGCGCCCACAUUCUGGGCUGUGGCGCCAGAGGCCUAAGUGCUGCCCCGGGUUUAGGGAGGAGAGCGAACGUCUGGUUCUUUGUUAGAAAUCUCCAGAGCAAGAGUAGUACUUGGUGGGAUGAGCAUCUCUCUGAAGAAAAUGCCUCCUUUGUUAAGCAACUGGUCCAUGAUGAAAAUAAAGCCCUAUUAUCAAGUAAACUGAAUCCUCUCAAAGAUGAACCAUGGCCUUUACAUUCUUGGAAACCAGGUUCUUCCAGAGUUGGCCUUAUUGCCCUGAAGCUGGGCAUGAUGCCUUUAUGGACCAAGGACGGUCAAAAGCAUGCAGUCACGUUACUUCAGGUACAAGACUGUCAUGUGUUAAAAUACACUCCCAAGGAAGACCAUAAUGGAAAAACAGCAGCCCUGACAGUGGGCGGGAAAACUGUGUCUCGCUUCUAUAAAUCUGACUCUAUAUUGGAAUUUUACCGAGAACUUGGAUUGCCACCAAAACAGACAAUUAAAAUCUUCCAUGUAACAGACAAUGCUAUAAUUAAGCCAGGGACUCCUCUUUAUGCUGCUCACUUUCGCCCUGGACAGUAUGUGGACGUCUCGGCCAAAACUAUAGGUAAAGGUUUUCAGGGCGUCAUGAAAAGAUGGGGAUUUAAAGGCCAGCCUGCUUCCCAUGGUCAAACAAAGACCCACAGGAGACCUGGCGCCAUCUCAACUGGGGAUAUUGCCAGAGUUUGGCCUGGAACUAAAAUGCCCGGGCAAAUGGGAAACCAGAACAGGACAGUGUAUGGACUGAAAGUGUGGAGAGUGAACACCAAGCAUAACAUAAUCUACGUGAAUGGCUCUGUACCCGGACAUAAAAAUUGCUUAGUCAAGGUCAAAGACUCUACGCUGCCUGCAUAUAAGGAUCACUGUGAGAGGCUGCCAUUCCCUACCUACUUUCCUGACGGAGAUGAAGAAGAACUUCCAGAAGACUUGUACGAUGAGAGCGUGUGGCAGCCCAGCGAGCCCUCCAUUACCUUCUCCUGAUGCGCUCUGUGCUCU